UCCGCCAACACGGUCACGCUGAUCGGGAACGCGGGCAUGGACCCGGAGAUCGUCACGUUCGAGAGCGGCAACUGCGUCGCGCGCGUGAACAUCGCCGUCAGAGGGAAGAAACCGAUGGCGGACGACGGGUUCGGUGGGCCCGGGAUGGGCGGCGGCGGCGACGACGAGUCCGACACGCACUGGCUGGAGGUGGAGGCGUGGAACGACGCGGGCCGGCAGCUCGCGGAUCACGUCACGAAAGGGCGGCAGAUCAGGGUCACCGGGCGAAUCAAGACGAACACGUGGGUCGACAAGGCGACGGGGCAGAACCGCAGCAAGGUGAAGAUCAGCGCGAAC